AUGGAAUCAAAGUUAAAAUUGAAGAAAGAUGAGAAAGGCAUGGGAAUGGUAAGUAGGUUUAUGAAGAAACCCAUAAGUAUGCACAUGCAAUUCGUGAAACACAUACUAGGGUAUGUAAAAGGAAAACUUGAUUUUGUCUUGACUUGUAACAAAGGAGAUAAUGAGAAUGUGAUCACAGGAUACACUGAGAUUGAUCUAGCUAAGGAUGUUAAUGACAGGAGGACCACGGUUGGAAUGGCUUAUUACCUUAAUGAGAAUCUUGUGACAUGGUGCUCACAAAAUCAACAAACAUUUGCAUUGUCUUCAUGUGAGGCUGAAUUCAUGGUUAUAGCCAUUGUAGCUUUUCAAGGAAAAUGGAUACGCCAUAUGAUCCAUGCUUUAACUGGAGUUCUAUCUGAUCUGGUUGUCCUUCACAUUGAUAACAAGUCAGCUCUCAAAUUGAUGAAAAACCCUAUAACAUUGUGUUUCGGUUUAAUAUUUUUAGAGGAAUAUAAAUAUUAG